ACAACUCCCAGUAGUGCACUGCGGCGGGCUGCAGGUCUCCCCUGGCACCCUGUGGGCAUGGCAUGGAAGCAGUGAGCUAGGUUCAUGAUGCCUCACUGCCUCGCUCAUGGCUGCAGGAACUGCUGCGACACGUCAGACCCAUCGGUUACUUUUCAUGCAUUUCCAGAUUGCGUGGAGGCAGCGCGACGCUGGGCUGGCCUGUGCGAAGUGUCAGAAGCAGACCGUAACCACUUAAUACAGGAUGUGGAACAAGGUCACUCUGCAAAGUAUCAUAUCUGCUCCCUGCACUUUGCUGACAGUGAUUUUGAGGAAAGUCUGUCCUCACCCAAUAGAGAAGCACCAGGAGGGGCGAAACGCAAACUGCGAUAUGGUGCACAGCCCUCCGUCUUUCUUACAGCUCCGAUUAGGCCCAAUGACGAAUGUUCAGAGAAUGGUGAACAGGUCCCAGUUGCGCACCCUGACCUUCAUUUCAAAUCUAAGACUGAAUCUGGGAAGGAAUGCUCCUGUCCAUUACACUGCGUCACUCAAACUAUGGUUCGCAGCUCCCACCAAAACAUGGACCAGAUUGUCCUUAAUUUCCUGGAGCAGAAUAAGAAGCUGAUUGGGGAUAAUGUGUCCGUCCAGUGUGCUGCGCAGUGCUCCGGGUCAUGCAAUAUUACACAGGGCAUGGUAAAACAGGUUGUCAUUAUCUUAAUGGAGCCUCCCAAGCACACCCCUCCCAGCACGUCUCAGGAACCCUCCCACAGCGUGACCACCAGCACCCAGACCGAGCGAACACGGGGACCAGAGGAUGUACCCCAUCUUGCCAAGCACAGCCCCCCAAAAUUGUGCCAGGAGCCCCAGCACACUGUGAGCACCUCCACCCAGACUGAGCUCAGCAUGGAGUAUCUGCAGAAACACCUCAGGAAUCCUAAGGAAGAAGCCGCAAGCAGCUCGUACUUCCCACAAAGACCCCAUUUCUGCCAGAAACACGCACAGUGUGACCCCUGCUUUCUGACGCCUUCCAUAAACCAGUAUGUUGACAGUUUACUGGCACAGCACAAAGUUCCUCUCCAAGAGUCCUCGCACAGCUGUUGCAUUUCAGCCUCUACCUCCCAGUGUUCCUGCCAUCAGUCCACUCCAUUCGUAAAACAGAUAAUCAUUAAUUUCCUGGAGCAGGGCAAUAACCCAGUGAAGCUGGACGUGCCCACUCAGCAGACCUCCAGGGACCAGUCCCCCCCUGCAGACUCCAGACAACAGCACAUGGAAACUCAGACACAUGAAGAACAUUUACAAAUAAAUCUCAGGAAUCCCAGAGAUCUAUCAGAACACCCGCCUUCCGAUUCAGAAGCCCCCACAGAGUAUCCUCCCUCACCACCUUCAGCAACCACCAUUCUGGCAGGAUCUUUAAAACCGGAGGAUGGGAUGGAGCCACUCUCCCUGAAGAUCCAUGAAUGUCCCUCUGAAUUUGAGUCUCAGUGCAACUAUGAACUCCACAGGGAUUUGGUGACAUUUGAGGACAUUGCUGUGUAUUUCUCAAAGGACGAAUGGCAGCUGUUAGGGGAUGAAGAAAAGGAACUCUACAAAGACGUAAUGAUGGAAAAUUACCACAACUUACGUUCUCUGGGGUAUUCGAAAGAAAAGCCAGACCUCAUCGUGUGCAUUGAAAAUGAGCAGCUCGACCUGUGGAAGAACAGUGACCGUGAUUGCAAGGACCGCCAAGCUGAGCGGGAGGAGGAGCAUUGGUGCCCCCUAGACAUGGAUGUAGAGGCGAUCCACUGUCUGGAUAGGAAAGACACACAGAAGCCGCAACGCACCGCUGACAGAGCAUCUGCAGAGGGCAGCAGUCACCUUGGUGCCUUGAUGAGGUUGGUGAAUGAAAUUCCUGGAUUCCUGCUUGGCAGCUCUGUUACUGAUGGCAGCAUGUCUCCUGCUGGGAGCCUGGAAGAGCACGAAAACCUCGGACCAAUUUCAGAGAUUAAAACUGAAGAAAGCUCCCCAGCCUGCACUCCAGUUUCUCUCCAUGUCCCCCACCUGAGAGAGACACCAGAUAUAUACUCUGUCAACCGGAGGAUGGUGAAGAAUAUUGAGCCUGUUCUAAUUAAGUCUGUGACCAAAACAGAGGAAUCUAAAACAGAGGUUGCUAUAGGAGCAGCUGCCAAACAUGAGGAUUCCUUCAGUCCAUCUCAUCCAUCUUCCUGUAACAAGACUCGUCCGGCCUGUGACCUGAUUGCUAAAAGCGAAUUUGACGAAGAAGAAUGCAGCAUUAAACAAGAGCGGUCUCCAACCUGCACCCCUGUACAUGGCUUUUUGGGACCGAAAACAAUUCCUGAUCUGACACACCGGGCCCCUCACGCAUUAAAAAAACUAUCGCACGGCCUGUGUUCCCAGGGAGACCAUACACCGGAGGCUGUAAUCCGAACAAUUAAUUGUAAAGGGAGUCCGAGCACAUGGCUUCGGGCGCCACCAGAUCACGCUCUCAGAACAUCGCCUGGAAACCAGAGCAUUUCCCCAGAGUGUGGCAUCUCAGGAGGGAUCCUUAACAUUAAACAAGAGGAUUCUGGGAGUGAAGACAAUUUGCCUGUGUGCCUAUCUGAUGUUAGGAAGCUGUCAGCCCCACCUGCUGAUCCCCUGCAACAGAGCAGAGGGCAUCGAAGGCCGGAAGCCCCUAGAAGGUCUCUUGCAGACAGCAUACCUCCAGGUAAUUCCCAUCUGCAUGGCUUGAUGAACUGUUUGAAGGAGAUAUCUGCAUGCCAGCCCCGUCCUUACAGCAACACCAUCACGUCUGCGCGGUGGGGCUCGGAGCUGGGCAGAAUAUGUGCAGAGACUACCAUCCGAUCCGGUGGGUCUGUAGUCACCCGUACAUCCGAAAUCUCACCGGUUCCACCCAACCCUUUCACGGUGGCCGUCACAAAUGGAGUUUCCCGGAUGCCUUAUGCACAGCAGCGUACGCCAGAGACUUGGAGCCCACAGCCUGGCCGAGACGGGAAGUUUCUGGAUAAAGUUGCUAUGCGUGUCCAUGGUUUGCAUGGAUUGGGAAGGUCUGGGCCCCAGAUGGUUGAGGAGAUGCGAAGACCAGUCCUGGGCGUGAAAAGAACGCAUUCAGAGGACAUGGUGCCCCCAUCUGGGUCAAUGGACAGCAAGAGACCAGUUCUGGAGCCCUCCAGCCCUUCUCAUCCUAUCUCUAACAGCUUCCCUGGGCAGUAUGACUUGUGGCGCCCCCCAGAGGAUUUGAGAGGGCCGAGUGAAGCUAACCCAACUGGAAAGUCCCAUUUGGUGAAUGUGGUGAACUGUGUGAAGAAGAUCCCUCACUGUAGGCCCAGCCCACCUGUCAAGGGUCCACGGUCUGCCCAAGAUCUAACAACCACUGAAUGUGAUCUCAGCCAAACCCACAGCCAAGGAAUCAUUAUGGACAAUAAGACUAAAGUCCAUGUGAAAGAAGAGAAGUGUCCGAGCCCAGCACUGGCAGUACCUGGUCAGUGGGUGCAGCCGCCCAGCAGCCCCAGGGACACAGAGGGACAUGGACCAUCUUUUCCAAACAUGCACCUGAUUGGUCUGAUGAAACUAAUGGAGGAUAUCCCACGCCCUGAUUCGGGCAGCUCGUCCAGGGCUAUGUUCAGUAUCGCUGUGGGACGCACUGAGAUUAGGAGAGCAGAACGGACUGGUCACUUCCCUCUACCUGCCGAUGACACUAUUUUCCAGCCAGAGUCUAAUGAUACCAUUGCAUCCGUGGACUCCGUUUUCAGUGAUGACAUCAGCGUGUCCUCAGAGAAUGUGGAUCCUUCGUACUCUGCGAUUGACGGAUUGCAGAAGGUCGUCAGCGAGUUUGCUGAGCUUGGGUCAGUCAGUCCCCUGGUAGCAGUGGCUGCUCCACCGGUUUCUGUUGAAGUCGCAGAGGAGAGCGGGGUCAGGAAGAGUAAGGAAUCUGCUCCCGGACCUCCCUGUUCUACUCGAUUAAACGAGAAAGGACGGGAACCUCUCAGAAGCACUCUAGUGAACGCUGGCAGCCGCUGUUCUGCUGAGGACGGGAAAGCCUCAUAUGCAGCUCUCUGUGGUCUGGAGAAGGUGGUCCAUGGGUUUUCUGAGCAGGAAUGUGUGAGUCCGUUUGCUGCAAUUAGGAUACAAUCCAGCUCCAACCUCCCAGAAAUAACUGCAAAUAAGCAUUCAGAUCACGAAGACACAGAUUCCUCAUACUCCGCACUCAGUGGGCUACAGAAGGUGGUGAAUGGAUUUUCCGAGGUUGGUUGUGUAAGUCCAUUCUCUGCUGUUAGUACCACGGCCAGCGAACCAGCAAUGGAGACCUCAGUCAGGAAAAGGACUGAGCCGCCUGUACUGGCAGACACUUCUAAUGGACAUAAUGCAGUUGAAAAUUUUCAUAAAUCAUCUUUCUCCUUCCUGACUGACGAGGACUGGCCUGUGAGUGGAGCUGAUUCUUCGUACUCUGCCCUCACUGGCUUACAGAAGGUGGUUAAUGGUGUCCCUGACAUUGGAUGCCUGAGUCCUCUGACGGUGGUCAGUAUCCCAUCCAGUGAGGGCGACCAGGAGCCCAGUGUGAAGAGAAGAUGUGAGCGGAACAAUGAAGAUGUUUGGCAGAUGUCACCCCAGCCGUUAACUGAGAAGCAGAGUCAGCCCUGUCUUACUGCAGGAGCUAAAGCUGAUGCCGGACUAGGCUGUGGGUCAAACAGUCCCAGGAGGAACCCUUCUGCCCGCAGUCAGUGCAUCGAUUUAACGGAAGAAGAAGAAUCAAUCUGCAUCAAUACCACCCCUUCUACUCUAAAUAGGCAUCAAAAACCCCUCUCAUUGGGCAUGAACUCUACUCUUUCCGCCUCUGAGAGGCCACAAAAACCCACCUGGAGGCACACCAUGCUUCCCUCAGUAGACAAGUACCAGAAACCCAUCUCAGGGGGCACAACCACCACCACUUCUGUCGUAGAAUGUCAACAGAGACCCAUCCCCAGGGUUACUUGCUCCACCUCUUUCACACCAGACAGGCAGCAAAAACCCAUCUCCAGGGAAGUUAGUGUGACAUCCUUUACAUCAGACACACAGCAGAAACCCAUCUCCAGGGAAGGUAAUGCCAUAUUUUCCACACCGGACAGACAACAGAUACCCAUCUCUAGGGACGGUAGUGCCACCUCUUCCGCACCAGAAAGACAGCAGAGACCCAUCUCCAGGGAAAGUAGUACCACAUCUUAUACACAGCACGGACAAGAGAAACCAAUCUCCAGGGAAGGUAAUGCCACAUCCUCCACACUGUACAGACAGCAAAGACCCAUCUCCAGGGAAGGUGGUACCUUGUCUUAUACACUGGACAGACAGCAGAGACCAAUCUCCAGGGAAGGUACUGCCACAUCCUCUACAUUGGACAAACACCAGAGACCCAUCUCCAGGGAAGGUAGUGCCACAUUCUCCACAAUGGACAAACACCAGAGACCCAUCUCCAGGGAAGGUAGUGCCACAUCCUCCACAAUGGACAGACAGCAGAGACCCAUCUCCAGUGAAGGUAGUGCCACAUCCUCCACAAUGGACAGACAGCAGAGACCCAUCUCCAGGGAAGGUACUGCCACAUUCUCCACAAUGGACAAACACCAGAGACACAUCUCCAGGGAAGGUAGUGCCACAUCCUCCACAAUGGACAGACAGCAGAGACCCAUCUCCAGGGAAGGUAGUGCCACGUCUUGUACACCAGACAGACAGCAGAGACCCAUCUCUAGGGAAGGUGGUGCCAUGUCUUAUACACCAGACAGACAGCAGAGACCCAUCUCCAGGGAAGGUAGUGCCACGUCUUGUACACCAGACAGACAGCAGAGACCCAUCUCUAGGGAAGGUGGUGCCAUGUCUUAUACACCAGACAGACAGCAGAGACCCAUCUCCAGGGAAGGUGGUGCCAGGUCUUGUACACCAGACAGACAGCAGAGACCCAUCUCUAGGGAAGGUGGUGCCAUGUCUUAUACACCAGACAGACAGCAGAGACCCAUCUCCAGGGAAGGUAGAGCCACAACCUCCACAAUGGACAGACAGCAGAGACCCAUCUCCAGUGAAGGUAGAGCCACAUCCUCCACAAUGGACAGACAUCAGAGACCCAUUUCCAGGGAAGGUAGUGCCACAUCCUCCACACGGGAAAGACAGCAGAGACCCAUCUCCAGAGAAGCCACCAGCCCAUCUACGUUCCAGGUCACCAGCAGCCAAUGUAUUGACCUGACCACAGAGGAACACCUGGCUAAAUCCAAAGAUCUGACCCCAGAGCUUGGACGAGGAGUGGCUUCCAAUGAUGCCAGUCACAGGAAACCCUCUGAUGUGGAGAAGAGGCAGCGGCUAUACAUUGACCUGACAAGGGACAGCAGGAGAAAUCUGGAUAAACACCUCCAUCCUGGUCCAUCUGGGCAGGAGACAAAUCUUCGAAAAGGAGGUGUCACUACUGUUAAUGAACAUCUCAGUGGCUUGGAGAAGCUCUUGAAAGACAUGUCUUCAUUAGCAUCCACUAACCACCCCAGUGAAUACAGCCAGAGCGCCACCUGGUGGUUUAAAAGCACAACCCCUCCUGAAACGUGAAGAUGCCUUGAUGGAAUGGAAGGAAGAGGAAAUGCUGUUUGGUUUCUCAUCUACUAUAAACGUUUUUGUUUACGAUGAGCUGAGAGAAAGGAUUGUCCUCUACAGAGAUACAAGGCUUGUUCGCUUGCAUCCUGCCUGAACCAAAAGUGGAUUCAUUAAACGUUGAAACUAGUGCAGGAUUAAAAAAAGCAAGACAAACAAGAACUGAAGCAUUAAUUGAGAUAGAGAUGGAGAAGCAUUAUAUUCCAGCAGACCAGCUCAGGACAAGGAGAGACCAGAACGAGUAGGAAAAUUACCAACUUACGAGACACAGGCAUGGGUGGAGGCAAGCUAUGGACUAGCUAACUAGGACAGAUGGGCAAGACUGGAAGAUUAGUUCAGGAGGAGAGAUGGGUGGAAGUAGAGAAGACCAGCUCAGGACAAGAGAUGGCAGAAGUGGAAGACCAGCACAGGACGUGAGCUGGAAGACAAACUCAAUUUGGGAGAUGGGUAAAAGACAAGGUGAUGAGAUGGGUGAAAGUGAAAGACUAGUUUAGGAGGAGAGAGAUGUAGGAGUGGAAUACAAGCUCAGGAGGAGAGACAGGUAGGAUUGAAAACCAGAUCAGGAGGAGAAAUGGGCAGGAGCGGAAGACCAGCUCAGAAGGAAAGACAGAUGACAAGCUUUGAAGGAGUGAUGGGUGGAAGACCAGCUCAAGACGAAAGAUUGGCAGGACUGGUAAAAAAAGAUAAACUCAGGACAGAGAGACAAGGUUGGAAGAGUACUGAUGGGAUUAACAAGAUAGGCUGUUGACAGCCGGACAUGCAGAGCUCACCAGAUUCGUGGGUUGAGAGGACUUAAAGGAGCAGAGAGCUCAGUAAAUGAAUUAUAAGGUAUCUCUGACACACCCUAGACUUCUCAAAUGACCCACCAGUUCCACUCCAGCCUGUCCACAGUCUCAGAUAUGUGAAGGAUAAGAUUAAAUAAAAAUGUCUCACCAGCCACAGUGCAUCUGGACAGUAAAGGCGUGACUCCAGCAGAACACAGAAGCGUCUCCACUGGUGCAGAUAUAGAAAGCAAUUGUCCGAGUGGUACAUCUAGCAAUCAGAACCCUUCCGGACCCAGAGGAGCUUGUUUAUCCCGAGUAUGAAUGAAAGUUGUGUGUCUACUCCUGCUCCGUCAAUGUCAACCGACAGAGUGCUAGAGAAAUCCAAAUUAAUUAAUCAGAAGGUAGUUAUUUUACGUAUUCAACAGUUGGCCCUCGGUGGAGAUGCCUAUAAUGAACUGAUACGCAUAUCUAUAUUUUUAUAAUUUCAGAAUUUUAAUUUAUGAACAUGAAACUGUAAAUAUGUAUACAUUAAUGGAAGGUGCUGACAAUGUUAAAGACUUUACCGACAAACUGAGAGUGAAACCUGUGUAUACAGACUUGGUUCUUGCCAUGCAGGGCCAUGCAUGUUGUGUAAAAUCGUUCCAGGUUUGGCAGGAUGUGGUAAACUGGUUAAUUUGCCAACCAACCGCCUCUCCAGAACACCAAAUACAGAGAACAGAAUAACUCCCUCUUGUAGACUAUAUCAACAAACCGUGUGCCAUUCUAUCGUUUAUAAAGAAAGGAGAUUAAUACAGAGAGCUAUUUUAAUAUUAAACAUUUGUACCAGAUUCACUUUUUUUUUUUUUAUUCUUACUGGUUUUGAUCAUUUAAUAUUUGAUUUUUUCCCCCUUUUUUAGUGGUUUGCUCUAUUCCAUUUUAA